AUGGCUGCUGUUCUAAUAACUGGAGCAACAGGCAAACAAGGAGGCUCGCUCAUUAGGAGUCUCGUCUCCCGAAAUGCCCCCUUCGAGAUUUUGGCUGUCACACGCAAUCCAACAUCUGCAUCCGCUCAGAAACUGAAGAGUCUAUCCUCCAAAAUCAAACUUGUCGAGGGCGAUUUGGACAGUCCGGCCGACAUAUUCCAGAAGGCGCAGAGUCUGACUUCAGUUGAAAUCUGGGGUGUGUACAGUGUUCAGGCAGCUAUCGGUAAUAGCGGCGAGGAGUCUCAAGACAAAGCUCUAGUCGACGAGGCGAUCAAACAAAAUGUCAAGUUCUUCGUGUAUAGCUCCGUUGACCGUGGUGGGGAUGAGCGUUCAUACAAGAAUCCAACCAAGAUUCCACAUUUUGUGAAGAAACACAACAUCGAAAAACACCUCCUCGAAGAUUUGAAGAACAGCGGAAUGGACUGA